UUCCCAAAAGCAGAAACAAAAACCACAUGGUGUACCAAAUUCUUUCAAAUUGAGCGAAGCUAAAAAAGAAAAAAAAUAUCUCGGCGGUAUUUCCUGAUUUCUCGUGUGUCGGCGAAAAUGGGGUCACUCGGCGCGAGUGGAAAUGGGGGGCUAUGGGGGUUAGGUCCAUUUCACGACAACAUUCACAGAAGGCGUGACAAGAAGCGGAACAAAGAAUCCAAUCCGUCGAGCUCUAAGAACGCCGCCGCCGGCGAAUUUUCCACCGCCGCCUCAUACCGUUUCCCGCUCAAGCAAGCCGCCACCGCCGCCUCCCUUGUUUUAACCGGCGACACCAUCGCCCAGCUCCGUCAGAGAUGGCUGAAGAACAAAGACUCUGUCCGCCAUUCUCAAGAUCUCAAGGAUAUUGCAAGCUCGCUUUUGUGCGAACAUGAUUGGAUGAGAGCGCUUCGGAUGACAUCAUACGGAUUAUUGCUGUAUGGACCUGGUUCGUAUGCAUGGUACCAAUACCUCGAUCAUUGCAUGCCGAAGCAAAAUGCUCAGAAUCUCGUGACCAAGGUUGUGUUAAAUCAAAUUGUACUAGGCCCGACUGUAAUAGGUAUUAUUUUUGCAUGGAACAAUCUAUGGCAAGGGAAACUUUCCGAGCUUCCUAAUAAAUACAAAAACGAUGCACUGCCGACCCUAUUGACUGGGUUUCGAUUCUGGAUUCCAGUCAGCAUACUGAACUUUGGGUUGGUCCCUCUUCAAGCACGUGUAGCUUUCAUGUCAAUGAGUUCUAUAUUCUGGAACUUUUACUUGUCUUCGACCAUGAGCAGAUGAUCUCAAUGAAAAGCUUAAGCAUCAGGGAUUGAAGUAAUCAGCGUCUGGAAAACUGGUAAACUGGGCAGGAUUACAUGCACCAUUAUAUUGAGGCUUCUUCUCAACAAAUACAUUUUAAGUACGUGUAAACUUCAAUUUGUUUAUUUUCGAAACCAUCUCGAGGCUGUGCUUCUGAUUAUACUGAUUUUUUUAAAGAGAUGAUUUUUAUUUAGACUAAAUUACUUAUAAAUGAAAAGUAAAACCCGUUUGAAUGCAUCGCAUUUUGCAUUGUUCA